GAGACGUAUGUAGACUCUAGAGCGUAGCUGUGAGGCGCGGCGUCAAUGAUCAACAGACCUGUACAGUAGCCAGCUAAAACUUAAAAGAUCAGGCGCCAUUGCAGUUGUCCCUCCGGCCCAACCCCUCCUAUCCCACACACGGUUGAUGCUCGUCUUGAAGGACAGCCACAUUGAGUGAUUUUUUGCUGCAUAAUCUCGACAGAAAAGGGUUGCCCGGCUGCUUCUGGCGGGCUUCUUGUAUUCUGACACGCAGCCGCCUAUGCUGGUUGCUUGUGGUUGAUGCGCAGCCAUGCUGCUCGCUCGGGGGUUGUGCAAGGCGGUUGGAGGGAAGUGUUGUGCACCGCUAAGGGUGGUUGAGGCCCUUGGACUGCUCAGCUCCGCUUCUUCGUCCACGGCCCCACAUCAGUUGGUGGCACACGUGACGACAGAGGCCACCGCAACUGCUGCCGAAAUUAGACCAAGUAGCGGGGUCCUGGUUGAGAGGCUGCAGAGGAGCUUAGCGAGCCUUGAGGAGGCAAAGCAGGCGAUAUCGCACAGGACUGCGUCAUUUGGCCCAUUUGGCACCAGCGUUUUGGAUCCACUGGAGAAAGUGGAGACAAAGGUUCGAGAGGUGUACAGAGAUGUGGAGGUCCCAGUCACCAACUUCCAGGGGGAGGACAGGGGCACGGCAGUCCUGGGCGGUGACGUCUUCAACAUACCCAUCCGGGCGGACAUAGUGCACAGAGUGGUGGUGUGGCAGCUGGCCAAGCGAAGACAGGGCACAUCCUCCACGAAAACCAGGUCGACUAUAAGCGGGACAGGCAAAAAACCGUACAAGCAAAAGGGUCUCGGAAGGGCACGGCAUGGAGAUCUGAGGGGCCCGCAGUUUCGAGGGGGAGCGAUUGCGCAUGGCCCACAGCCUCGUGACUGGGAGCACAAGCUGAACAAAAAGGUCCGCCGAUUGGGGCUCAAGGCUGCACUCUCCGCUCGAUUGGCAGAGGGCCGGUUGCUGGUGUUCGACAGCGUGACCCCCGCCUCGCACAAGACCAAGGACUUUGUGCAGUCGGUGGAGUCGCUGGACGGCUCCAAGAAGGUGCUCGUUGUGGACGGGCGGACCGUGGUCAACCCCGUGCUGCAGCUCGCGAGCGGGAACCUGCCCAACGUGCACCUGCUGCCCUGGCAGGGUCUCAAUGUAUAUAGCAUCCUCCAGCACGACCUCCUGAUUCUGCAUAUUGACGCAGUCCGAAGACUAGAAGCUCGCCUUCGUACACCUAUUAAUAGGUAGCUAGAGGCACUGGAAGCGUUUGCUCGACGGAGGUGGGUGACCCCUGCGACGAGGUUGAGGAUUGUGGGCUGCAACGGAAUGUUCAACAUCAAGCCAUAAAGAGACUCUGAGAGUCGAACGCGUCCUACAAAGUCUUAACGAGUUUAUGCGCACUCAAGAUGGUAUUUCUGGGCUUCUUUAAGCUUAGAAGUGGGCACAUAUGUUUGCAUGCUGACAAUAAGAGACAUGACAUGGUGUUGUCUGAUAGUCCAUACUAGAAAUGUAGCAGAUCAUGAUGCUUGCAGAUUCAAGAAAGUUGCGAACGUCACGAACUCUGUAUGGCUAUAAUUCUUGCCCAACC